GAUAAUUACUCUUAGGUCCAGACGAAUUUUCUGGCAGUGAUCAGAAGGAAGGCUCGUCUUUUCUUAACUGCAACACUUAAAUGACUUCCAACUUCAAAGGCCAAGCAUAAUUGUAACCACAAAAAGAAACCGUUAUCAUUAACGGAAACGGAAAUGUGAUUACAUUUCAAAGAAAUCUACUAUGAUUUCGACUUUACAAACAAUAAUAAGACAAAUUAACAGAUAAAGCUCGUCAAAAUAAUGAAAAUUAAUCAGGGAAGUCUAUAAUCAGGUAUCUAUCAUAUCAGGUAUCUAUAAUCAUAAAAUACAUUCUUGUCUGCUUACGAAUCAUAAGUUGCCAUCUUCUCUAAAACAGUUUACAUUCGCUCUAUAUAUAAAAGAUAAAUGGUUUCAAUCGCAUUUAUUCGGUGUCCAGUCACUUCACAGUUAAUAAAAGAAACAUGAAAAUCAAUCAAAAACUUCAGUUUUCAUUUUUCGUUGUUUUAUUGGUGCAACGAAUUACAUCUAUUCGGGCGGAAUGUGUUCAUGGCAAUUUGUAUAGUCAUCAGACCGAUUGCGAACGUUUUUAUCAGUGCUCUCACGGGGUAUUAGUUGAAAUGAUGUGUUAUCCGGGUCUCCACUUCAACUCUUUAAUUAAUGUGUGUGACUAUCCACAAAAUGUGUUAUGUGCAUUUGAACCUGAUACUACGUAUGACACAACGUUGCGUACAACUCAAGAGUUCAUUACAGCUGACAGUACUAUUUAUGAGACAACGUCUCAAACAACUCAAGAGUCCACUACACUUACUACUUAUGAGACAACAUCUCGAACAACUCAAGAUCCCAUUACAACUACUAGUCAAGCAGUGCCAAUUUGCGACGUUUGUACACCAUUCGAUAUCAAAAUGCAAUGGUCGAGUAAUGGUCCCAUAGCUGGAAAGCAUUGCGUUCAAAUUAUCGAAGUCGCCGAUCCCCAUACUUGGGAUGAUAAUUAUCUGUGCUUUAAACGAGACUACGGCGUGCGCUGGUCGUCUAAUAAUCCCAUUCCGGGAAUGAAAUGUACCAAAAUUAUUGAAGCUGCUGAUCCACAUACAUGGGACGAUAAUUACUUGUGCGUACCGACAACAAGCACGUUCGAUUUUUCUUGGUCAUCCGCUGGUGCCAUUCCGAAUUCUUGUUGUAUUCGAAUGAAUGAAUCGGCCGAUCCUCAUACCUGGGACGAUAAUUAUCUUUGCUUGGUAGCUAUGUGAUACGACGUCUGCGUCGGUUACGUUAACAGUUCAUAGGUUUUAAGACUAAAAAUAUUUUAUAAUUGAUAAUGUAGCGGAGGAAGAAGAAACAUUUUAACUUAAAAACCGACCAGAGUGUGUCCCUGUUACAGACGGCAAGCGGAUGAACAUUCUGAGUUUUUUUUUAAAUUAAAAAAAAA